CAUUCUGGAUUGUCGGCAUCUUGGGUGCAGGCGAUAAUGAUUAUACAUUAAUGUAAUAUUUUCUUUAUUGUUUGCCAUUGUUCAGUGGUCUGCAGACUGAUAGUUUCUAGUUAGUGUUGGCCUUUUUUAUUACGUCACUGCCUGACUUAUAUUCUCAUCCUCUGUUGUACUUAUUUCAUCGCCGCAUCUUCUGAAGGUUUAAAGCAUGAAUCCUAACAGUAACAUACUACAAAGACAAAUGAAUAAUAAUAUCCUGCCUCCUCAAAGUAUGAAUACAAAUUCAGGCAGUGGCUUAAUGGUUGGCGUAAACAUGAAUCAGGGUGGAGUGCCCCCUUCUCUACUUCAAAACCAACAAGGGCAUAAGCUUGACUCCAUUGGAGAUCAUCAACUUGCUUCUCAAGGCAACUUGCCUUCUAGUCCACCCCAUCAAGGCCAACCACCUGUUACUACUGUCGGAGGGACUGCCCCCAGCAGCACAGCCCCCUCAGCUGGUGGGUGCAUUAUUCAGUCCACCGUAACCAUGGCAAACAUGAAAGAGAAAACACCUAUGUGCUUAAUCAAUGAAUUAGCACGAUUUAACAAGGUCCAGCAUCAGUAUCGACUUGUGGAUGAAUCAGGCCCUCCUCAUAAAAAAACUUUCACCGUCGUACUGAAACUGGAUAAUGAAGAAUAUACUGCUUCUGGACCAAGCAUUAAGAAAGCACAGCAUGCUGCUGCUGCUAUUGCGUUGAACGACACCACAUUAAAGCAUCCUCCUCCAAAGAGUCAGCGGAAAGCUAUGGGGCCUAUUACACCUACAGUAGAACUGAAUGCUCUUGCUAUGAAACGAGGAGAGCCGGCAGUUUAUCAAUUAAUUGAGCCUCAAAGACCACAGUAUAUACCAAAUUUAAAUUUUCGUGGCAUGUAUCAUCAGAGGUACCAUUAUCCAAAAGUGCCUACAUACUAUGUAUCUUUAAAAGUUGGUAGUAGGCAGUUCUUUGGUGAAGGGCGCACUGCACAAGCGGCACGACAUGCUGCAGCUGAAGAAGCUUUGACUGUUCUUCGAAAUUUGCCAUACCCUGAAAAUGUUAAAAGACAGCCAGAAGUACCGCUCCCUAAAACAAAUGGAGAGAGUCAUAAUAAUAGUAACAAUAAUAAUAAUAAUGACGAUGAUGACGAUGAAAGUGACGACCUGAAAUCUCCCAUAAGCUUAGUGCAUGAAAUUGCUUUGAAGAGGAGUCUUGCUGUUAAUUUUGAAGUUACGAGAGAGAGUGGUCCACCACAUAUGCGCACCUUUGUUACUCGUUGUUCAGUGGGAGACAUUAGCACAGAUGGUGAAGGUAAUGGCAAAAAAGUUUCCAAAAAAAGAGCCGCUGAAAAAAUGCUCGAAGAACUGAAAAAGCUUCCGUCGCUUCCCCCAGCUCAGCAAAAAGUAAAAAAGAAACCUAUUAUUAAAAAGAAAAACAGAAAUCUUAUUAAGGUGCAGUAUUCGUUGGAGCAGAAGGCAGAUCCUCAAUAUGGUCAAGGUAUCAACCCAAUAAGUCGACUCAUACAAAUACAACAAGCUAAAAAGGAACGAGAACCUGUUUAUACAGUCAUUGAAGAACGAGGUGAACCAAGACAGCGAGAAUUUAUAAUGCAAUGUUCUCUUGGAGAUUUGUCUACAAAUGGUACUGGACCAAAUAAGAAAACUGCUAAACGUCAUGCUGCUGAAGCUAUGCUGUUACUAAUGGGAUAUUCAAGGCCAAUAAUGCCGCCUGGGAAACCCUCUGUAAAGCCUCCCGGGAUGGAGAAUUCUCAUUUAUAUCCAAAUCAGGAGCCUGAAAAAAAUACUUAUGGCAAACAUGAAGUAGAAAAACUGGAUACUGAUGGAAAACUUGGGAGGCAAUUAGUUCCUGGUUUAUUACUUAUGCCUGAAGCAACCCUAACUGAACAAAACAUACAGAAUUACACAAUAGGAAAUUCAGGUCUCAACAGAGCCCCUGGAGGGCCCAUUCAAGGCAUUAGCAAGAUGAUUCAAACAGUGUCUCUGAUUGCAAAAGAACUGUUAGAAACAGGUAUUUCUCCCACUGCAGAUGCUGUAAGAAAAUCUACCCUUAAGCCUAUCAUUCAGCAUCAGCCCUUAGUCAGACCGAAACAAAAAUUGUUAUUCUUGGCUGAAGUUUUAGGAUUCCCUGUUCAUUUUACAGACUUCCCUAAAGGCAACAAGCUUGAGCAUUUAUGUUUAGUAUCCCUGGGAAUUAAUCCAGCCCAAGUAAAGCAUGGAGCAGGUCCAACAAUGGAGGCAGCUCAUGACCAGGCUGCAUUAGUUGCACUUCGUUCUUUGAUAGAUCUUGGUAUGGAAGCAGUAGCUGAUGGGAAAAAAGACAAUAGCACCAAUAUAAGUGCUGCAGAAGGACUUUACAUCACAGGUGGACAAGGUUCUGCACCCAAGCUGACCAACUCUCCAUCUACUGAUCUUGGCAGUAAUCCAAAAACUGGGUCCACCAUUCCAAUUACUGCCAAGGACAGUCACUGAAAAGGUGAAAGGUGAAUGUUCAGCAGUGUUGUGGCUUUGUGCAAGCCACCAUUGCUGAGCCGAUGUAAUCUUUUCACCUCCUUUUUUAUGAUCACAUAUGAAGACAACAAAGCCCUAAUGAGGCUGAAUGUAAUUGUCAUUUUCCUAGUUGGUAGUUUUUAUCAGAUUUUGCUAAUUCUGCCAUGAGAAGAGGCAGAACAUUUUACUUUGACGCAGUGUUUCUCAAAUUGCAAUUCACGGACCUCAAUAGUUCUUGAAGGGAGGUUUUGAAUUUCAUUGUUAUUCUAGCACCUGGUGCACAGUAAACACAUGCUAGGAGUACAAAUGUAUAGGAAAUAUCUCCAUAAACUAUAAAUUGUUAGACAUUAGAAUUCAAUAUGGACUUUGCACAAAAACUUGCCCACAAUUUUACGGGAAUAUUUUGUAACUGUCUAUGUAAACUUAAAAUUAUGAGUGGAUUUCUAUUGUUGUUUAACAAUUUUUCUGCAACAUUUUUGGCAGAAAGUUUUUUUUUUGCUCACAUUUGAGAAAGACUGCUUUAGUGUACUUUCAUGUCAUUCUUUUUGUUAUUAUUUUUUAAGCUAGUAGUUCAGAUAAAACACUGCUACAUAUAAUGUGGAACUUAAUGUUGAUGUAAUUAGAUAUGAAUUUCUCCAGAAUGCAAUACAGAGCUGUAUUGUCAGCUCUUCGCUUGAAGUUGAAUUUUCUUUUUGUAAGCAGAUUUGUCUAUUUCAUGGCAGGCGUUGGCAAAUGCCUUGAAAAAUAUUCGUGAAUUGUCAAUUCAACGGGCAUGUAUGUGUAUUUUUGAAGUUUGCUUUCAUUUUCUCUAGUGAGGUUGUGAAAUUCAUUAGAAGAGCAAUGCAGUAUACAAAUUUAAUUUCUGGAUAAAAUGCUUUAUUAAUUGCUUUUUGGGCAGUGCUUUUUUAAUUUUUUAUGAAAUUGAUAUUUUUGAGAUGAUUGAAUAUUUUUAUUUUGUAAUCAAAGAAACACCUUUCAAGUGAGAGAGAAACUAUUUUGUUACAUGAGCAGCGAAUUUUAUUAAAUUGUUAUAUGUUGUUAGUUAUGAUUGACUAUUGAAUGUGAUUUUUAAUUAUUGAUGUGUUUGUGUGUAUGUUUGUUUUGAGCAUUGAAAAUGAAUGUGUUGAAAAGUGUGCUACUUUUGUUAUGUUUUAAUCUAUGACUCGUCUGGCAACAUUCAUUUGUUAAAUGAGCUGGACUAGUGGCCCAAUAAUUGUUUUUGCAUUUUUCUAGAAAGUCUUUCUUCUUAAAACUGCGCACAUGAAUAUACUCAGUAUUGAGGGGACAAAAAUGUUUGAGAAUAUUCAAUUUUAAGUUCAGUCGGUGGCUGGGCAAAAUUGUUACUGCAUUGCUCUUUGUUUCUUAAUUUUUUGGUGCAUAUAUAGCUUGUUGUCUUCAUGUCUAAUCAUUCUCUGUUAGUAGUAACUUGAAUAAAACACCAAAACAAA